UGCAGGUAUUCUCGUCCGUCGUUGGGCGUUCUGAUGGGUACUGAGGUGGAAACUAACCCAUUUCGACCGGGUGGGGAGUUGUCACUGGAGGCCGAUAGCAUCCUCAAAAAUUCAACGAUCCUCCGGGAUACGGUCAUUAUUAACGACCCUUCUCUUCGUCGUGCUGCUAAUGGUUCCGCACUGGGCAACGAGACCCCCCAACAUCCGAUUAAAACGUCCUCCCACGGAGAUUCCUUGCACGCCUUUCCCCCACGGCAUACGUCCAAUGGUCCUACACCCACUGACCCUUCAUCGCUAAACGAACCAAUCACCUGUGAGGUCGUUGUCGGUCACGUUUCAUCCGUGCCUGCUCCGGGUUCCGGCGAGCAGCAAAAAAUUGAACACGUCAUUAUUAACGACCCUUCUCUUCGUCGUGCUGCUAAUGGUUCCGCACUGGGCAACGAGACCCCCCAACAUCCGAUUAAAACGUCCUCCCACGGAGAUUCCUUGCACGCCUUUCCCCCACGGCAUACGUCCAAUGGUCCUACACCCACUGACCCUUCAUCGCUAAACGAACCAAUCACCUGUGAGGUCGUUGUCGGUCACGUUUCAUCCGUGCCUGCUCCGGGUUCCGGCGAGCAGCAAAAAAUUGAACACGUGCGGAUCCAAAACACUGCAAAACCUACGAAGUGCUGCGUCUUGCAACUUCCACCGGUGGCUGAUUUUGAAGAGCUCUACCUGUUUUCCGACUCUGUUGGCGUCUCUGUUGCAGCAAUGGGUCUGCUGGGACGGACAGAUGAAGCAGUGGCUUUUGUUUCUGGUCCUUGA